CCUCCCGGGGGGCCGGCACUCCCGGUAAGGUUCUGUUGAAUCCGUUUACCCUCGCACUGUUCACUGUCCUUGCUGCUUCCCAUCCUUGCGGUCCUCCUCCUUCUCUGCCCCGGGGAGCAGUGCUAGCUCCGGGCUGCAGCAUCUCUUUCAGUCGAUGCCAUGAUCAGGCAGGAGCUGUCUUCAUCUUAUCAGGAGCUAAAUGAAGAGCUGGAUCAAGUGGUUGAGAAUUCAGAUAGAGUGGAGGAGAAAGAAAGGAAGGACUCCAAGGACAAAGGCUCAGGUAUUUUGCCAGUCCUAGACAGUGAAUCUGUCAUCAGCAGCAUCCGCUUCAGCAAGGCGUGCCUAAAGAAUGUGUUUUCAGUGCUGUUAAUCUUCAUUUACCUGUUGCUCAUGGCUGUGGCUGUCUUCCUGGUCUACCAGACCAUCACUGAUUUCCGGGAGAAGCUCAAGCAUCCAGUCAUGUCAGUCUCCUACAAGGAGGUGGACCGCUAUGAUGCACCAGGUAUUGCCCUGUACCCUGGGCAGGCUCAGUUGUUAAGCUGUAAGCACCAUUAUGAUGUCAUCCCCCCUCUGAACAGGCCAGGGCAGCCGGGAGUCGUGAACUGCACUACCAAGAGGAUUAAUUACACGGACCCUUUCUCCAACCAAACCAUGAAAUAUGCUCUGAUUGUCCAGGGACCCCGGGAAGUAAAGAAGAGGGAACUGGUCUUCCUUCAGUUCCGCCUGAAUGAAACCAAUGAAGACUUCAGUGCCAUUGAUUACCUCCUCUUCUCUUCUUUCCAGGAGUUUGUGCAGAGCCCAGACAAAGUACGCUUCAUGCAGGACUGUGAGAGUGCCUAUUCCAGCUGGAAAUUCUCUGGGGGGUUCCGGACCUGGGUCAAGAUGUCACUUGUGAAAACAAAAGAAGAGGAUGGACGGGAAGCGGUGGAAUUCCGGCAGGAGACAAGCGUGGUGAACUACAUUGACCAGAGGCCAGACGCAGAAAAAAGCGUCCAGUUGUUCUUUGUGGUCUUUGAGUGGAAAGAUCCCUUCAUUCAGAAAGUCCAAGAUAUCAUCACUGCCAACCCUUGGAAUACAAUUGCUCUUCUUUGUGGAGCCUUCUUAGCAUUAUUCAAGGCAGCAGAGUUUGCCAAACUAAGUGUGAAGUGGAUGAUCAAAAUCCGAAAACGCUACCUGAAAAGGAAGGGUCAAGCAACCAACCACAUCAGCUGAAUGCACCUGUGUGGGACAUUAUUGAUACACUGGGUGGAACUGUGAACUUGAUGGAUGCUAACCCCCCAGCUGGGACAAAGCCAGCCAGUCACCACCAAGCCUGCAUUUGCCUGAACAGAUAUUUGUCAUGCUUAAAAGGGACGGUUUGGAAAAAUAGCCCUCCUGACUUGGCCCGAGAAGAGGCUGACUGGAGCUCAGGACGGGUCCAACUGCAACUCCUAAAGUUAUUUAAAUGUUUAAGUUAUUAAUGAACCAUUAAAAAAAAUUGGACCAACAAGCAAAUUAGGGGUGGGAGUUCAGGUAGCUUGACAAAUGACCUCAACUGUGUAAGAUGCUGUGCUAUGUCUUUCUCUGUGUUGGAAAUACACUUCAACAUUCCUCCAUGGUUUUGAUGGAACACAGCUGCUUCAAGAGCCUACGAGCCUUCUAGGUGAACUGCGCUUCUCUUAAGAUGGUUAUGGUGCUGCAAGGACAUCAGACUUUUCUCCUGAUCCACCAGGGCAGCAGUCAGG